AUGGCUUCUUUCUCCCCCACCUCAUUUCCGUACCACCUCCAAUCUACUUCUUCUUCGUCUUCGCUCCUAGUAGCUCCCCCUUUCAAAUUACACCACCCCCUCCUCCUCUCCACGCGCUUCCACACCCGUCGCCCUCGCAUUUCUGCUUCUGCCACCGCCGUUAUUGAGUCUUCUAACGGCGCCGUCGCCGCAAAGCAAGACAACUCCGACUACGGACGACAGUUCUUUCCCUUGGCUGCCGUUGUUGGCCAAGAUGCUAUUAAGACUGCUCUGUUGCUUGGGGCUAUAGACUGCAAAAUCGGAGGAAUUGCUAUUUCCGGAAGGAGGGGAACAGCCAAGACUGUAAUGGCCCGUGGUUUGCAUGCAAUUUUACCACCCAUUGAAGUAGUUGUUGGUUCAAUAGCAAAUGCUGAUCCGGCCUGUCCCGAAGAGUGGGAAGAUGUUUUACCUGAACGCAUGGAGUUUGAUUCCACUGCCUACAUUCAUAUUGUUAGAUUCCGCUUGGAGUCACAGAGGACAGACUCAUUGGAUCUGUUGAUGUUGAGGAGUCUGUAAGAACAGGAA